AAAUUUUUAUUCAUUUUUAAUCUGACAGAAAAAAAUUUAAGGUAGCAUUCUUCCACGUGAGGUCCCUAUCCAUAGAUUACGACCUCUUCUCUCAAUUUUCUCUCUCCUCAAAAUUUUCCCCCAAAAUUUAAUUAAAUUUUGCCAACAAAAUCAAACAAUUCUCAAGUAAGCAACUUUCUCUUCUUGUUCUUUUCAUUUCACUUUAUACUCUCUUCUUCUUCUUCUUCUUUCUUAAACAUUCUAUCAAAUUUAUUUCUGGGUUUUGAAUUUGAUGAAUGUUUAAGAAAUCUAGUGAUUUUGAAUUGAAAGUUUGAAUCUUUCUUCUUUGUUUCACCCCUUUGUUGAUUUUGAUUGUUGAAACACAGUAAAAGGGGUGGAAUUUGAGGAGAGAGAGAAAAUGGAAGAUCAUUGGGAAAUGGGUUUGCCAUCAUUUGAAGAUCUAACACCAUUAUCACAAUCUUUGAUCUCCCCAGAACUUGCUUUAGCAUUUGGGAUAACCCCAGAUAACACUCGAGCUCAAUUUGAUCUAAAUCGGGCGAUGCACGACAACUGUUCGACGUUUUGCCCAAGUGAAGAAAAUAUUGAAUCUUUGAGUUUGAGGUUGUUUUCUGGCAGAAAUGAUUUUGAGUGUUCUAAUAGAAUGAAAAGGGGUGAUUGUUUUAUGACUGAUGAGGUGAAUUCUGGGUCCAAAGAUGAUAAUGGUGAUGAAAACGGGCUUAAUCGGGCCGUCAAACGACCCAGAUUAGUUUGGACUCCUCAGCUUCAUAAGAGGUUUGUUGAUGUAAUUGAGCAUCUGGGAAUUGACAAGGCUGUUCCUAAGACUAUUAUGGAGAUGAUGAAUGUAGAAGGGUUAACUAGAGAAAAUGUUGCUAGUCACUUGCAGAAGUACAGGCUGUAUUUGAAGAGAAUGGAAGGGCACUCAAGUGAUGGUCAUUCAACUCCUAGACGGGACUCGGCCAUGUUCGAUUGCGACGGGUUCGGGUCCAUGUCAAUGCCACCACAGUCACAGCCUUUACAGCAGCAGCCACAACAAUGCAGUUCACUGCCUUUGAUGCCAAUGCCAAUGCCAAUGCCGAUGCCGAUGGUGGGGCCGCCUCCGGGCUCGUAUGGAUUCGGACAUUUGGGGUUGCCUGUGGCCAGUUCUGCUACUCCUGGAUACUGUGGGCUGGAAUCUGGUGCCUACAACAUGUUCUGGAAUAGGCAGCGAGGUUGAUUGUUUUGUUCAAUUUUGAUAAAAAGUAUAGUGUGAUUGAUGAUGGGUUGAUGAACUAAUUUGUAGUAUUUGCUUUGAAUCCUUUCCCAUAAUCACUAGCUGUCCAGUAAGUAUUUGGAGUCAAAAUUGCCACAUAUGUAUCACUCUUUAUAUUUUAAUAAAAAUUUUCACACGGUUAGUUAUGUGAGUCCAGUUCAGUAUGUUUUUUUUUCAAUGGUUAAUCUGUAAUGCUGGCUCAUCUAUACUGUUGUUUCAAAAGCAAGGGUGCUUUAGUUGAGCCACCAAAAUUGUGCUUGUACAUGUACUUCGUUGAUCAUAAUCUACCAAACAAUUGCUUGAACUCUUCA